CAUUGGUACCACCAUUUCAGCGCCGGCUUCUGUCACGGGCCUGGACAUGACCAAAACCAACAGGACAGCUCCAGACAUCACCAUUGUGUUCCCCAAGGCUGCAGGGGAUGCAGACAGGUACAUUGUGACGCUCAGAGGACGGGAUGGAGAUACAUACAUCCAACAACGUCAACCUGUCAACACUGGGGAGGAUCUCAUCUUUGUCGUCUUCACUGGUGUUGUCUCAGCUGUAUCGUACAACCUGAUCAUAGUAACACAGAGUGGGAACCUCCAGAGUGUACCCUAUACCACUGUGAUACGAGUAGUGUCAACUCCUGCCGGAAUAGUUACCAAUCUGAAGUCGUUUGACAACACGUCCCGCUCUGUCGCCGUGGAAUGGAGCAGACCACUCAACCCGAACGGGCAGAUCUAUGAAUACAUUGUCGACGUGAGGACGGGUGGUCCCUCAGUCUGUGUGAAACGGGUCAUCAUCAACUGCACUGAAUGUAUCAGAGAAAUGGCAAACUUUACAAAGAUGGAGACCGAAUGUAACGCAACCAUGACUGUGGUGAUAAACCAGACUGACAUUGAAAACACCGCCCAGGUCAUACAGCACAACAUAACAGGCCUGAACCCAGAUACACCCUACACCAUAGACAUAGUAGCUGUCAAUGAAGAGGGGCCAGGAACUACCCACCAAAUUAAUCUAGAAACCCCCGAGGAAGGUGCUGGUGACCCUACUACCUUCACAGCACAGAGCAUCUCAUCAAGCGAGAUAACUCUGACAUGGGAUCCUCCACAACCCCGACCUGGUGUCACUCAGUACAACAUAACUGUGUAUGAAAAACAGGAAGACAGCGAGGGUUACGACACUGUGAAGUUCAUAGCACUUUUAGGGUGGGAAAAAAAGACGUAUACCUUUGGCAAUCUCUCCAGCUAUUGGUUAUACAAGUUUGAUAUAGUAGCUGAAACAAAAAUUGGUGCUUCAGCCAUUGUCAGCAGCAGCCCUGGAAGGACGAUGGAAUCAGAGCCGACGGGUGUGUUGGAAUUGAAAGUCGAGGACAUCACUGGUGUGUUUAACCAGGUACAAGUGUCGUGGAAGUGUCCUAAACAGAAGGAUGGUAGAAAUGGAGUGAUUGUUAAUGCCAGUCUGCAUUAUUUCACAAACCAACAGUCGACAUAUAAUCCUAUAAGCAAGAAUGAGAACUUCACCAAUAACGGCGACUGCAUGUGGAAUGUGAAGGUGGACGUAACUACAGAAUUCAAGUAUCUCUUCGAGGUCCGUCUCUACAACAGAGGGUUUGCAGGCUCUGUUGUCGGUGUAAGCAGAGACAUAGUGGGAGGUGCUCCAUCACAGACGGCAGUUAUAUAUUCCGUGAGAGAAGGUACUGUGGAAUCAGAGACGCCAUCCCUGCUGAUCUGUCCCAGAUGUCUUAAUGAUCACAUAAAUGGUCAAGUUAACAGUACGGGGUUGAUUGUAUGCCGAAAAGAAAAUUGUGGUCAAGCCGGAAAUCGUGACCAAGCUACUACUGCAGUGGAUUAUGGCAAUAUGGCCAACUGGAAUGCAGCCAAUGAGCAAGAUUUUGGUAUUCCCUACAGAGCAACAAAGAUGACUGGCUGGCUGGAAAUGUUGGAAACACAAGUUUACAUUUUACUCUCGGAAAUGACGAUUGCAGUGGAAACACGAAAAAUCUCUUUUGUAAUGGAAAACUCCCUCCUGGGAAAACAUUAAUUGUAUAUGCAUUCUCUUGCACGGAUCAUGGAUGCACCACGAGCAGCAGAAUAGAAAUAUCAACACCAGCACCAGUACCUGUUGCCGCUGUGGUCGGAGGUGUAGUUGCUGCGGUAGUUGUCAUAACGGUCGUUACAGGCAUCAUAAUUUUCCUGCGACGACGAAGAGCACACAAGGAAAGGCCUAAGAAGAGCAGAGAUGAAGUCCUCGCAAACGAUCAGGUCCGCCCAGAGCAAGAUGACGUAUACGAAAACAUUCCUGAUGGUCAGAUGGUGACUGUCGACAGCAACCAAUGUAAUGGGGGUUAUGUAAACUAUGUGUCUGGACAAUCCUUUCGGGACACAGACAAUACCUAUGACAAACUUGCCAUUUACCAGAAUGUAGAUGGUCAUGAUUAUGGGAGGAUUAAUAUUGAAACCAGUUUUAAAUAAAACUACAAGUAGCAAUAGCAAAAUGAUUACCAUAUGUUCUUCAAUGCAAUCGGGUAUAGUACAUGCAGCCAACCAGUUAAAAUGCUAUUGCUGUUUAGUUUGUGAAUGAUGAAACUGGUUUGAAACCAGUUUUAAAUAGACCUACAAGUAGCAAUAGCAAAAUGAGUACCAUAUGUUCUUCAGUGCAAUCAUGUAUCCAACCAUUUCAAAUGCUAUUGCUGACGUGUUUAUUUUAUGAAUUAUGAGUACUCAUGGAUAUUAAUCACUAUACAUGUACGUGACAGGUGAAAUACUCUCCGUGACGUAGACUUUGCUGCAACAUCGCUUCAUCAUCUCUCUCUAAUAAUUCCUGUUGGGUUAAACAUUCAUGUUACUCUUAGAUUAUGCUGUUCUUUUGUUUCAUUGUUUAACGAAAGGAAUGUGGUGUUAAUUAGUACUAUACAAAAGAUAUAUGUAUGCACGCUGUAUGUUGAGGGUAAAUCCUUGUAGGUUCCACGAUCAUUAGAAACCAUUACAGCCGCCUGUACGAUCCGAAUGACUAUCAGAAAGUGAUGGUAAGGAAUCAGAGAGAACAUUAUUUUUGUCAGUCAUGUGUAAAAUUAUGUGUCCUUUACAUGUCUACCAUGAACGUUUUAUAAAGCUUUACCAGUGCCUUAAAUGCUGUAACUUAAUCUAUCAGUUUCUGAGUUCGAGUCUAUUGACACUAAUUGUACCUCUAACGUUGAACAAAGUAAGGCCGAAGCCGCAGGAAUAUUACUGGACAUAAAGGGAAAGGAUUUACUGUUGAAAAGUCUGUGGAUAUAUUUUAUCACAGUGAAUACAUAGAUCUAAAUAUGAAACAACGUUGUCAUUUUUCUCAUUUACAAAACUUAGAUUACAAUGUAUAUUACAACCAAAUAAAAAAACUCAAGUAAAUGGAUCGAGAUUAUACUUAGAAUGGUAUCAUGUCGCAAGCGUAUCAUCGUAAUAAUCAACUCACUCACUCAUUACAAAUGUUUUAGCAUUAAGCUUUAGUCACACUUCUGUGGCUGUUAGAAAAAAUAAAAUUUUGCAUCUUU